CAAAGGUCCUACAGUGCAUAGUCUUUGUUGACUUUCACUACCCACACUCGCUUGCUACUUACCCCUUUACUACGACAAAUCUCCGAGUAAAAUUUAAUAACACCAACUCAAAUCCAAAAUGCAUUUCUCCACGGCUCUCGCCGCCAUCGCGGCUGUAGCUCCGCUUGUCAGCGCCCAUGGAAACUCUCCCCUGCCUAGGAUCAUUGGAUUGAACCCCAAGGAUCUCAAGGCCAGGAGCAUCCUCAGCAACCUCGGAGCACGUAUCUCUGAGGUCCAUGAAAUUCACGAGGAGCGCAAUGCAGUGAACAAACGUCAGGCCACUGAAUGCGGUGCGGGCAUAGGUUCUUGCGAUGCCGGCUACUGCUGCUCCCCUGAAGGCUACUGCGGAACCACAGGUGACUACUGCUACUCCCCAGGAUGCAACUACCAGUAUGGUCCUGGCUGCCCAGAGAACAUCACUCCCAGCGGUACCAACACGUCUACUAUUGCUCGCACUAAGGUUGGCUCUGUUGAGUACGGUGGCGCUGGUAUCUACAACUGUGUCACCCCCGGAACCGUUGCCCUGACCUACGACGAUGGCCCGCAGGCGGUGUACACUAGCCACAUUCUGGAUGUGUUCGCAAACUACCCAGGAUCCAAGGCUACCUUCUUCAUCACUGGCAACAACAUCAACAAGGGCCAGAUCGAUACGACUGCUGAGUACGUUAGCGUCAUCAAGCGCAUGUAUUCUUUGGGCCACCAGAUUGCUUCCCACACCUGGACUCACUUGGACCUGAGCGCGAUCUCAUCCAUUGAUCGCAAGCAACAGAUGUGGAAGAACGAGAUGGCUCUUCGCAACAUCCUAGGCUUCUUCCCAACCUACAUGCGCCCGCCUUACUCUAGCUGCACUGGCGCAUGUGAGACUGACAUGGCUGCUCUCGGUUACCACGUCACUUACUUUGACGUCGACACGGAUGACUACGACCAAGACAGCACCACCAUGAUCCAGAACUCCAAGAACUGGUUCAAGGGCAACAUCACUAAGAACGGCGCCACUGCCGCAAACAGUGAAUGGCUCUCCAUCGGACACGAUAUCCAUUACCAGACUGCCUACAACCUCACUGACUUCAUGCUCUCGACCCUCACUACCCUGGGUUACACGUCUGUUACGGUUGGCGAGUGCCUCGGUGACCCUGAGGCCAACUGGUACCGUAGCGGCACUGGCUCUGCUGUUUCCACCACUGCUGCUGGUUCUACCUCCACUUCGGCGCCUGCUUCGACGGCGACGGCAAUCAGCACUGAUGGUCUUUGCGGUGGUACUUCCGGAAAGACUUGCAAGGGAAGCACAUUCGGUAACUGCUGCUCUCAAUACGGGUACUGCGGAUCCACCACCGACCACUGCUCAACUGGUUGCCAGUCGACCUUUGGAACCUGCGGCACCGGCUCGUCUUCUGUUGUAACCAGUGCCACUACCAAGGCUACCAGCACGAGCACCAAGGCCACCAGCACAAGCACCAAGGCUAGCAGCACAUCUGCUGCUGCAACUGGCGUCUCCACCAGCGGUAUGUGUGGUGGAACGACCGGGCUCACAUGCCAGGGCUCUUCCUUCGGUAACUGCUGCUCCCAAUACGGAUACUGUGGUACUACUACCGACCACUGCUCGACUGGUUGCCAGUCUGCGUUUGGAACCUGCGGCACCAGCGCCGGUACUACCUCCGUGAAGGCUGCUUCCACCACCGUCAAGGCUUCCUCCACUACCGUGAAGACCUCGGCUGCCGCAUCAGCCACUGCUGUCUCCCAGGACGGAAGCUGUGGUGGCACCAACAAGUACACCUGCAAGGGCUCUUCUUUCGGAAACUGCUGCUCGCAAUACGGGUACUGUGGCUCGAGCACUACCUACUGCUCAACCGGCUGCCAGUCUACCUUCGGUACCUGCACCUAAGUAUCACAUAGCUUGCCGCCUUUUCCCUUCUCUUUUUCUCCAGGCACCUGUAGAGUCGAAUUGGAAUCCAUAGUGUCAUGACGAUGUAUACCAAGAUAUCCUAUCAUCUAGUUUUGCACAGUACUCUUACCUGUUGAUCUCAUUUGAGGUGUCAUUUGUGCAUGUUACAUUGGAGUCGAGAGAAUGCAUUUGAGUCACAAUCGGUUGAAGAGUAAAUGCCCGGUAAGCGGCAAGACCUUCCAUUUCAUUGCAUAAAUUACUACAAAAACUUUCCUAGUGUCCUACAAAAUUCAAACGAUUACAUGUCAAGCUUACCUCC